CAGAAUAUUCUUUAGCAACAGAAUAAGGAGCUCGAUCUUACCAUACAAAAUUACUUAGAGCAAAACUAGAUAACUUCUGAAUAGAGCAAAUUAUAAUUUCUAUAAUGUGUAGACGUUGCUGGUCACAUUGCUACAGGUUGUGUGUUUGUGGUUUGUUUGGUUUUUUUUCUUCAGUUUUAGUUUUGUUUCGUUUUGCAAGAGCGAAAGGGGAAGAGCCUCCUAACAGGCCCCAGGAGGAUUCCAGCAAGCCUCGAGGUUCCCCUGGCUUCUUACUGACUUCAGCUGGCGAGCACAGAAGGGCACGAUGUUGCUGUUGCUGCCACUUGGGUUUGUCCUUUCGAAGCACUUUUUAACUCAAAAAACCUGCCUCCCAGGGACUCCUUGAAGCUCUUUCCGGGCGCAAGCAUCUGGUGCACACGCUCGCUCUCUCUCUCUCUCUCUCUCUCUCUCUCUCGGUUCUGCAAGAGGAAGGAGUGGGUCUGUGAGUGUUUGUAUGUUUUUCUAGUCUCUUCACACAUAUGAAAAGUGUGUAUAUGUGAGAGUGUGGGGAGUGUGUGGGGGGGUCAAAGAGCGGAAGAGAAGCUUCCGUGGCCCCGGCUUCAGUGUCCCUCGGUGGGCAGCCUCUGUAGCCAGGCUGGUCUCUCCUGGUGCACGCUUCUGAGAUGACGUCCCUCUGGAAUAUCCUUUUGGCGACAACCCUGUUCUUACUCCUGCCCCUUCACACGUCGGCCUCUCCAGCCUCUGACGACCAGCCCAGCGCCAGACACUCCAGUGGCCACACCUGUGUGGCCUGUGUGGUGGUGGUAUCCGUGAUUGAACAGCUUGCUCAAGUUCACAACUCCACGGUGGAGGCCUCAAUGGAGAGACUCUGCAGCUACCUGCCUGAAAAGCUGUUCUUGAAGACCACCUGCUAUUUAGUGAUAAGAAUGUUUGGACCGGACCUCGUAAAACUGCUUAGCACAGAUAUGAAUGCUGAUGUGUUGUGUCAUACCCUGGAGUUUUGUAAGCAGGACCCUGGCCAACCAUUGUGUCAUCUCUACCCGCUUCCCAAGGAGCCGUGGAAAUUUACACUAGAGAAGGCGAGACAGAUUGUGAAGAAAUCCCCAACUCUGAAACAUUCCAGAAGUAGUUCUGAUGUUUGUUCCCUCCCAUUUUUGGCCAAGAUCUGUCAGAGGAUUAAAUCAGCUAUAGAAAAUUCUGUGCCAUUCAAAGAUGGAGAUUCAGACAAAUACAGCAUUUUCCCAACGCUGAGGGGCUACACCUGGCGAGGGAGAGACUGCAAUGACAGCAACAAGAUGGCAUACCCGGGCAGAAGGCCAGACAACUGGGAUAUACACGAGGAUUCAAACUGUAAUGGCAUUUGGGGUGUUGAUCCAAAAGAUGGAAUUCCGUAUGAGAAGAAGUUCUGUGAAGGUUCACAGCCCAGGGGAAUCAUUUUGCUGGGAGACUCAGCUGGGGCUCAUUUUCACAUCUCUCCCGAAUGGAUCACAGCUUCACAGAUGUCUUUGAAAUCCUUCAUCAAUUUACCAAUAGCUCUUACCAAUGAGCUCGACUGGCCCCAAUUCUCUGGUGCUACUGGGUUUCUGGACUCCAUUAGUGGAAUUAAAGAAAACUCUCUUUACCUUCGAUUAUGGAAAAGAAACCACUGCAAUCACAGAGACUACCAGAAUAUUUCAAGAAAUGGUGCAUCUUCCCAAAACCUGGAGAGAUUUCUAGAAACUUUGUCUAGGAACCAACUGUUGGACCAUCCAGCCAUCGUCAUAUACGCCAUGAUUGGAAAUGAUGUCUGCAAAGGGAAAGUUGACCCAGUCGCAGCAAUGACCACUCCCGAGAAAUUAUACUCCAGUAUCAUGCGGACUCUGAAGUAUCUAAAUUCCCACCUGCCAAAUGGCAGUCAUGUUAUUUUAUACGGCUUACCAGAUGGAACAUUUCUCUGGGAUAAUUUGCACAACAGAUAUUAUCCUCUCGGCCAGCUAAAUAAGGAUGUGACCUAUGCACAUUUCUACUCCUUCCUGAACUGUCUCCAGGUCAGCCCCUGCCACAGUUGGAUGUCCUCCAACAAGACGCUCCGGACUCUCACUUCAGAGAGAGCGAAACAACUCUCCAAUACACUGAAAAAAAUUGCAACCAGCCAGAAAUUUACGAACUUCGAUCUUUUCUACAUGGAUUUUGACUUCCGAGAUCUCGUGGACGAGUGGCGGAAGAGAGGCGGGCAGCCCUGGCAGCUCAUUGAACCAGUCGAUGGAUUCCACCCCAAUGAGGUCGCUUCACUGCUCUUGGCAGAUCACUUCUGGAAGAAGGUGCAACUCCAGUGGCCCCAGGUCCUGGGAAAGGAGAAUCCAUUUAACUCUCAGAUUGAACAGGUGUUUGGAGACCAAGGGGGCCACUGAGUGCCUCCAGGACACGCACUCCUGGAAAGCUCAGGGAGGCAAGAACUUGGGUAAAUUCAUUCCACAAAUGGUUAUGGGGCUGCCAUUUUGCAGGCCCAUAGGACCCUCUUUAGCAGCAACUUUGCAAAGUGCACUUCUCUCAUUCUGGAGUCUAUCUGAAUGACAGCGUGAUUCUGAGUGUUUCAGGGAGCAGUUCCCUCCAUUUGUCCCUAAAACCACCUUUAAUAAAGUGUUGUGGAUGCCAUUCCAAGCAGAGAGAGUAUCUGUGCCCUUUCAUAGCUAAUUGUUCUAAAAGCAAACUCAAAGUCCACCGAUGCUCGGCACCUUAGCCAGGGUCUUGGUGCGCCAGGACUGAUCCUCAGUCUGUUGCUGCUUCUCUAAGACGGCCAGCAAGCUGGGGCUGCCCCUGGGAAGGCUGUCGGCUGGCUGCCAAGGAUUCUCACGAGAGAACACAAAACUAGGAACACAAAAUUAGGUACAAACUUGAAUGUUUAUUUAGAACGAGAAAAGAAAUCACAACAAAUGACAAAUUUUUUAAAGUUGACAAAUAGCAUAAGCCCCACAAAACUAGGAACACAAAAUUAGGUACAAACUUGAAUGUUUAUUUAGAACGAGAAAAGAAAUCACAACAAAUGACAAAUUUUUUAAAGUUGACAAAUAGCAUAAGCCCCACAAAACUAGGAACACAAAAUUAGGUACAAACUUGAAUGUUUAUUUAGAACGAGAAAAGAAAUCACAACAAAUGACAAAUUUUUUAAAGUUGACAAAUAGCAUAAGCCCCACAAAACCCCAAUGACUGAAGAAAACAUGACAAUCUGUCUUUCUUUAAAAGGUUUUCUUAACGUUCUUUGGCUGCAUAAUCUCAUCAUCUUUUCCUAUAACAAUGAUUUGGUGAUAUCAUGGUCUACAGAAAGGACAGAAAAGUAAAAUGUGUUGCUUUUUGUUGAUAAUUUAGAAGAGUUUCUUUCAGCUGCAUAACUCGUUGGUAAAGUCAUGUGAAUUUUUAGAAUUGUUGUCAAAUUGGGAGCACCUCUAUCAAAUCUCUUUCGAGUGAGAGUUACUAGAGAUGCGCUCCCUAUUUGGAGUAUUGUUAAUGUUUUGUGUGCCUAUAAGCCCGGGAGUUCUGGUAAAUUCUAUUGCACACCAUUCUCGUUGGUGUGUCACCUCCCUUGCCCCUCUCUGAGGCAGCCUCGGAUUUUGGGGGGUCAGUGGGUGUACGCCCAGACCCACAUCGCACUGCCAGCACCCCACCUUACAUGGGCACGUCUUCCUACAGUCUGCCCUCAGGAGCUUGCUUGACACAGCCCAGAGGUAUGGAGCAGUUCCACCCCAGGGGUCCCAGGAGCCAUUGAAUAAAUGCACCAGCCUCUUCCUUUCGUGGUCAGUUUUGGGGAGGCAUUCAGUGUGCUUCUCAGGGGCAGAAUCAGCCCCUUUGUUCAUGGCAACAAUACCUCCCAUGGUGCUUCCUUCUACUCUGUGUCACUCUCCUUGCCCUCUCAUUCCUGCUCUCUGGGAUGCUUCCCAAAUAAACCACCUGCACCUAAGUCUUUGUCUCAAUAAAGACAAAAUUAAAAUGAUGGUGUGUGCAUAAUUGUGUAGGCUUUAUUAUUGAAC